AUGUACAGCACCUCCCCCUCGAGAGCAAGUCCCGGGCUGUCUGUGGACAGUGGAAAGCCCGGAGACGCUGUUCAUGACUACUCGAGGGCAGCCGCGAAGGUUUCGGCCAUUGGCUUCGGGCUGAUGGGCUUGGGUGGCGUUAGCUAUGGUCCUGGAGGCGCCGACGAGGAGCGUUUCGUCGUUCUGGAUCGGGCCUGGGAGCUCGGUUGUACCUUUUGGGAUUCGUCGGACGUCUACGGCGACAGUGAGGUGCUAAUCGGAAAAUGGUUCAAGAUGCACCCCGAAAGACGAAGCGAUAUCUUCUUGGCUACCAAAUUUGCUAUCAAGGUAUCUGCAGACGGUAUUGGGAUGGACAGUUCUCCCGAAUACUGCCGCCAGGCCUGCGAAGAAAGCCUACGAAAGCUGGGCGUCGACUGCAUCGACCUGUACUACAUACAUCGACUUGACGAGAAGACACCCAUCGAAAAGACUGUGCAGGAGAUGGUCAAGCUGCAGAACGACGGAAAGAUCAAGCACUUUGGCAUCUCGGAAUGCAGCUCCACGUCCCUGCGCCGAGCCCAUGCCGUGCACCCCAUCUCAGCGGUUCAGAUUGAAUACAACCCCUGGGACCUGGCCAUCGAGAACGAGGACGGCACACAACUGCUCGCCACCUGCCGUGAGCUCGGUGUCGCCACUGUGGCCUAUUCACCGCUCGGGCGCGGCAUUUUGACCGGCCAGGUAAGGUCUACAGAUGACUUCGCACCGGAUGACUUCCGCCGCAUACUUGAACGUUACAACAAGGAAAAUUUCCCAAAGAACCUGGCGAUUGUCGACAAGCUCGCGGAAAUCGCCGAGACGAAGCACGCCACCCCUGGCCAGCUGGCGCUUGCGUGGUUGAUGAAGCAGGGCGAGGAUAUCAUUCCUAUCCCUGGGACGAAGAGGGUCAAGUAUCUGGAGGAAAAUAUUGGUGCAGCUGAAGUGCAGGUCACAGACGAGGAGGAGAGGGAGAUCAGGCUCAAGGUAGAUGAGGCUGGCGUCAGAGGAGCUCGUGCUCCUCCGGGUCUUUUGAAUGUGUUUGCAAAUACGCCGUCUCUCUGA